CAUAGGGACAACUAAUGAGGCCCAUGCCCAAAUAGUAGUUGAUUAUACAUCCAUGACCCCGCAUGCAGAAAUACGUGGUUCUAUCAAGAGCAUCGCAGGUGUCCGCAUUUGUGAAACUGCAGCUCUGGUGCUCAGGAUAGACAAUCAAUCCCAAAUUGAUCUGAGGUCUAUACACCUGGCACUCGUUAGAUGUGUAUCAUUUGCGAGCGAACUUUCAGAUGCUUCACACGCAUCCUCCACUAUUUAUGACUAUACCCCACCAGAGCCCACCAUUGUCCACAAUGCAACUAUCCCGAUCGCUAAGGUCUCAAACGCAAAUUCAUCAUGGAGCCAGCAACUGCAGCUCCGAUUACCGUUCAGUACGGAAAUAGUCCCAACCAUCAAUGCCUCCGUUACGCCAUUGCUAAGAGUCGAUUACUUUAUCUUGGUAUCCAUUCCUGUCCCACAGCGUCACAACAAUCUCGUCAGCCGCUUCACUUCAAGUACCCGUAAGCGUCCUACGAUUGACUUGUCUAUUUUCAAUCGUUCAAUAUCCUCCUCCUUUCGGGAACGACUUUCAACUGAUACUCCUAGCCCAAAUAUCUCCCAUACUGAUAAUGAUACAUAUGAGCAACUUCACCAACUCUUGCUUUCCCCUGAGCCAACAGUCUUGUCAGCGAUUAAAGGAGCACCAAUGGCACUUCAAUUUCCUCCAAUCCCAAUUUUGGUUGGCACUAUCCCGUCCAUAGCCUCACAACGGAAGUCCCCAUGACUUAUCUUUCACAACCCAUCCUUCAGCUGUUAUGUUUUUUUUGCUUGUCCAUCACAAAUUAAUUUUUCUUUAGCACAUAAAAUAAAAUGAAAACUUUGCGGAGCACAAACCAUCGUCCAUGGUGCGCGGGCGCAAGUCCAAUUCACUGUUUAAUUAUACACUAUCAUGCAAAACUGAUUCAAUAAUUCAUUCCC